GCGUUUUGUGCACAUGACACAAGAUUAGCAACGUCACGUGGUUAAAAUGCGUUUUAUCAAAUGGAUAUUGAUAUUUAGGAUUUAAGGCCUUUUACCGGAAACUUUCUGGUGCUCCUCCUCAGCCAGCUCGUGGUCCUCAAACAGAACACAAAGCAGACACGAGAGGGCAGUAUAGUCGAAAGCAUUGCGCCAACCUUGUGUCUCGUUCACGUCCAACAUUCUGCAAUGAUGAAAUAUGAGCGCAUAUUUCAAAACUUGCAUACAGAAACAUCUGCAAAAGCAACGGCCCCCUCUCUUCUUUUAUAUUAUAAUUACAAAGUUACGACUGCAUCAUCAGGUGACAAUAUGUAGAUUCAUAGAGCAGCCAAGAUACGAGAGAUAUGAUCAGGAAGGGGCCCUCAUAGAGGUGUAUAAAAAAUGAAAAAUACAUACAAAUGAUGAUUUAGGGGAUUGUGCAGGCUACACGAUUUCAGCACUAUAAUGGCACACAAACCGAAUUUCAUUUCCUCCGUAAAACUGCUCUUGCGAGAAGUUAAUUGUCCAAAUCUGUCAAACUCGAUUAAUUUCGUUUGCAACAAUAAUACGCUGUGUGACUUGACACGUGAUUCCAAUUAAUUUAGUACACUUUGGAAAAGAAGGGGUGUUUUUCCAACACGUAUGAACGUGUAAAGACAAGAGCAUCUAUCCCUUUUUUUUGGGAUGCUUAUUUCACCAUUAAAAAAUAUUGACGACAAAAAACGAAUCACAUACAUUGUUCGUUCCCAAAUUUCAAAGGACAAAGAGGACAGCUAUAAGGACAUAAAUUGGUUUAUUAGCAGAGACAAAAUCCAUGUUUACAUUCUCCUGUCAAUGGUUGGACGAAUAAUAGUGAUCAAAUAAGGAAACGUCACUGAAAGAGUGAGGCCAAAACAUUCGCAUCAAAUGCGUUACAGAGGCGAUAAAAACAAGCAGACUAAAUGUCAAAAUGAAAUGGCAAAGCAAAAUUAGUAUUUUUAAAAUAUCUUUUUGAUGAGGGGGGGGGGGAGCCUCAACCAGCGGUAGUUUAUUUUUUAUUUCUUUUUUUCUUUUUUUCUUUUUUUUUUUUUACAGUGGAGAGUAAUGAAACAAUUGUUGUUGUUUUGGGGGGAGGGGGGUCGUGCAAAUGAGGAUUUCCCUUUAAAGCGAUCUUUUAAUGUAAUGGCGCGCAGGAUGUUUUGGCUUUUGUCAAAAUGUUUUUAUUUUGUUUGGCUGGAUGACAACCUCGGGGGGCUCCAAAUCGAUACCCUCCACAAACCAAUUAUGGGAUCAUUUGAACGUCAUUCAGGCUUAAUUAAUUAGCACUUACCUUCAUGUUUGGUACAGACGGCAGAAUGAGGGAAUAUUUUUUAAUUCGUCUAUUAAAUAAUAACUAAAGUUGUGUCAUUCUACUGGAUCUAGUCGUUUUUCCCUUAAAUUUGAUUGAGUUAUUCUUCCAUCCUCCAUAAAUUACAUAAAGAUACAAUGUACCGUAAACGAAGCGUUUCAAAGUGGGAUUAAUGAUAGCCGCAUUACAAUAUAAUUUCCAGCACACCCCCAAAAAAAGUGUGCAUGCUCACGGAAGGGGGGGGGGGGGUAGCAGUUGCCCCGCUCGGCAUUACCGCACAAUUUAACCUGUGCUCUCUUUAAUAACAAAACCAUACGUUGUAAUUUCAUUGAAGAGUAAUUAAUGUGCCUGAUGAAAAGGGUCACCCUUUAUUAUGAAUGGCCGCAGUGGAUAUACAGUUUUACAAAAAUUAUUUGACAAUUCCACAAAUGACAAUACAAAAAAAAACAGCUAACGGAAUAAUAAUAAUAAUUGAAAAUUAACAUUUCAGAAAUGACAAACUGUCUCGGGUGCUCAAUUGAAUAAACCUCAAAACAGGAGCAACAACGUAACGUUUUUAUACAGAUUGCAAAAGUCUCGCUCCGUGGGCUGAGGGGCGGAGGGAUGUGGGGGACACGCACACAAACAUCCGCGACGUGCAUCUUGACCGCUUCAGGUUCACCCCCCUCCCCCCAAACACACACACAUACACACACAAGGAAAAGAUCCAUCUCCCCCAAAACUUUGUCGGGCACGUGCAGCCGGCAGCGGCUCGGAGGCUUGUGCGCAUGUGCGAAGGUGUCCGGAUUGACAAUGCUGGAGAGAUAGCGGCGUUUGGGAUUGAGAAACCUCCAGGAAAGGGAAAAAAAGCAUAGAAGCGAGGGGUGGGGGGGGAAACGGGAGAAAACAGGAUCCGAGAAAAAAUCCAAACAAACCCACGCCGAGAGACUGGCACCAUGAGGUCCAAAGGCAGGGCACGGAAACUGGCCACAAAUGACAGAGAAGACGGGUAUGCUCUUGAACCUUCGGAGAUCUUAGAUGACGCUUGCGGCUCAGAUGGCGAUCCUGCACGGUCUUCAGGCCCGGCGGAGGACCCGACGUCACCGUCCGAAGAUGAGGUGUCACCAAGUAGACCUGCGUCCUUCCAACAACAACAACAACAGAUGAGCAUAUUCUUAUCCCAAGAAAACUUGGCAAUUCCCCUGGACUUUGAAUUGCAACAGUCAAGUGUGCUCAACGGUGCCCUGGGCAUCUGGAGUCGCAGGACCAUUUACAUCGGAGAACGCUUUGGACCGUACGUUGGCGAGCGAACGCCUUCUCUCAGAGACCCCAUUCAUGGCUGGCAGAUCUUGGAUGGGUCAGGCCAUGUAAAGUUCUGUGUUGAUGCCAGCAAGCCAGAUAUCGGGAGCUGGCUGAAGUACAUCCAGUUUGCCCCCACUGCCAAGCAGCAAAACCUGACAGCCUGCCAGAUAGAUGAUCAGAUCUUCUACAAAGUCACUCGAGAUAUUUUCCCCGGUGAGGAGCUUCUACUUUUCAUGAAGGCAGAAGAGUAUUCAUGCGAUACCAUGGCUCCUGAUAUUCACGAGGAGAGGCAGUACCGCUGCGAAGAUUGCGACCAGUACUUCGAGUCCCGCAGUCAACUGCUGGACCACCAGAUGCAGCAGUGCGGGAUGGCGCCCGCCUCCUUCCUUGAUGCAGGAGAGAACAGUGCCAUUAACGCCCAGGAACCCGAAGACCUGCGAGCCAUCCACAUGGCUCGGGACUUUCAUGAGUGCAAAGAGUGUGAUCAGGUCUUCCCGGAUAUCCAAAGCCUGGAGGCUCACACUCUUUCCCACUCUGAGGAGCGAGAAUACAAGUGCGACCAGUGUCCCAAAGCCUUCAACUGGAAAUCAAACCUGAUCCGACAUCAGAUGUCGCACGACAGUGGCAAGCACCACGAAUGUGAAAACUGCUCAAAGCAGGUGUUCACAGACCCUAGUAACCUGCAGAGGCACAUCCGCUCGCAGCACGUCGGGGCGCGGGCCCACGCCUGCUCCGACUGCGGCAAAACGUUUGCAACGUCUUCGGGCCUAAAGCAGCAUAAGCACAUCCACAGCAGUGUCAAGCCCUUCAUGUGUAAGUCACUAAGACCCUACCUAUGCGAGGUAUGCCAUAAGUCCUACACCCAGUUCUCGAACCUGUGUCGUCACAAACGCAUGCAUGCUGACUGCAGAACGCAGAUAAAAUGCAAGGACUGUGGGCAGAUGUUCAGCACCACCUCCUCCCUGAACAAACACCGGCGCUUCUGUGAAGGGAAGAACCAUUUCACCACAGGAGGACUGUUUGCUCAAAGUAUGCCGCUCCCUGGGGCCCCCGGCUUGGACAAAUCUGCUUUAGCCAUGGGCCACAGCAGUGGCGGAUUGGCGGAUUACUUCGGGGCUAGUCGCCAUCAUGGUGGGCUUUCCUUCCCUGCCGCGCCAGCCUUCCCGUUCAGUUUCCCCGGCCUAUUUCCUUCUGGACUCUACCACCGCCCACCACUCAUUCCUGCCACGUCUUCCCCGGUUAGACAACCGGCUCACGCUCUGGUUAAUGGACCAGGUGCAGAGCUAAGUAGGAAUCCCCUGCUGCCUCCUAGCCCUGGAGCUCAUGAGUCCAGAGAGCUUCUCAAGGCACUUCGGAAGGAAGACGGUGGUCCUGAAAGUCAGAUCAGAGCUUCGGACCUCCUCACUCAGAGCUCAUUGUCCUCCCUGAAGCAACGCAACAAGCAAAGUGACCAGUCUGAAAGCAGUGAUCUGGAUGAUGUCAGCACACCCAGCGGAAGCGAUCUGGAGAGCAUGUCAAGCUCUGAGCUUGAAAGCGAUAUGGACAGUGAGAGAGAUAGGGGAGCUAUGCAGGAAAAUGGCAAAAGCUUCAAAAGGAAGGUUUGUGAUGGAAGCCCCCAAAAUCUGAGCCUGACAAACAGCACUGCUGAUAAAAACUUUGCCGGACCUUCGCUAAACCCUUCCUCACUGGAUGAGCACACAGCUGUUACAGGGGCUGUGAAUGACUCUAUUAAAGCCAUUGCCUCCAUUGCAGAGAAAUAUUUCGGUUCAACGGGGCUGGCCGGCCUUCAGGACAAGAAAGUUGGGUCACUGCCCUAUCCCUCUAUGUUCCCUUUACCUUUCUUCACCGCUUUCUCGCCACCAGUUUAUCCUGUUCAAGACAGAGAUGCCAGAUCUCACGGGCUCAAAGCUGAGCCGCCGUUGCUGGCAGAUGAUUGCAAAAAGGCGCAGAGCAAGUCGACAACCGAGUCACCGUUUGACCUCACCACCAAGCGAAAGGAGGAGAAGCCUACCCCGUUUGUGCCGUCCAAACUGGAAGCCUCCCAUUUGACUGGUCAGGAUCAGCCUUUGGACCUCAGCCUAGGGAGCAGGGGACGUGGAUGCAGUGCAAGAGAAGAAGAGAAAAAAAUGAACGAGGGACAUCAAGAUGAGAGGACAGUCAUGGAAACGCCGAAGCCCGACUCCUCGCUACAACAUGCCAGGCCGACUCCUUUCUUCAUGGACCCCAUCUAUAGCAGGGUUGAGAAGAGGAGAAUGAGUGAUCCGUUUGAGACGCUGAAGGACAAGUAUAUGCGGCCAGCUCCAGGCUUCCUCUUUCAUCCUCAGUUCCGUUUGCCGGAUCAGAGCACUUGGAUGUCAGCUAUUGAGAACAUGGCCGAGAAGCUGGAAACUUUCGGCUCCUUGAAGCCAGACUCGGGUGACCUCCUGCGUUCGGUGCCCUCCAUGUUUGACUUCAGAGGUCCGCCGUCGACGCUUCCAGAGACGCUGCUGCGCAAGGGCAAAGAGCGCUACACGUGCAGAUAUUGCGGAAAAAUCUUCCCACGUUCUGCCAACCUGACGCGCCACCUUAGGACUCACACAGGGGAGCAACCUUAUCGGUGUAAAUACUGCGACCGCUCCUUCAGCAUCUCCUCAAACCUGCAACGGCACAUUCGCAACAUCCACAACAAGGAGAAGCCCUUUAAGUGCCACCUGUGCGAUCGGUGCUUUGGUCAGCAAACCAACCUGGAUCGUCACCUCAAGAAGCACGAGAACGGAAACCUGUCAGGCACUGCAAUGUCUUCUCCACAGUCAGAACUAGACGGGAGUGGCGCCAUACUGGACGACAAAGAGGACUCUUACUUCAACGAAAUAAGAAAUUUCAUCGGCAACACAGGACAGAGCCAAACAUCACCGGACCCCUCUGAAGAAGGUGUCAACGGCACCUCAUUCCAAGAAGGAAAGCCUCUACUGAUGGCCAGGCACGGGUCACACGACUUGGAAGAUGAGGAGGCAGAGGAGCUUGGUGUUGAUGAAGAAGGGGAAAAAUCCAGCAAUGCCUUGAAUCAACCCCAAGAGGAGGUGCCCCCCAGCAACAUGAGUGACGACAUCAUACCAGAUGAAAUGGAUUUUAGUCGGACAAAUAACAACUUGAGCCAGAGCUGUAAAAUCUCUCCAAGGAGGUAUAAGGAUGAAGAAGAGCCGAGUGGCUACCCCGCCUUGGAUCAGAUUCGUCACUUUUCCGACAUCCGCAAGCUGGAGGAGAGUGAGUUGAGCGAUGGGGAAGCUGAUGACGACGACCAAUCGUUUGCCCCCGCCUCGCUGACGGAAGCCGUCAAGCAGCCCCUCUUUAGGAAAUCCAAGUCACAGGCAUACGCCAUGAUGCUGUCCCUGGCAGAAAAGGACUCCCUCCACCCCGUCGCCCACACGCCGGCCUCAAUGUGGCACAGUCUGGCUCGGGCUGCUGCCGAAUCCAACGCCAUCCAGUCUCUCAGCCAUGUAUGAUGAUGAAGAUGACGCCCGUUUUUCACAUUUUACGCCCCCCGAAUUGGGAGCCCAUUGCGAGGUGGGGGCUCUUUGGAGUGACUGCAAAGCAGAAUCACUUGAACCCUUCUGACUGCUGAGUGAAGCGCCUUGCGUACAAACACACACACACACACAAAACAAGCAGGGUCCUUGCAGACCCCCAGCCCAGAAAACCUCAACUCCCGCAGAGAAAAAUAUCCCUCCGAGACCCGAAAAUGGAUUUCCUCCCGUGGCAAACAACAGAAUGACACGAUCGUGGUGGAAAUGGUCAAUCUAAAAAGUAAUAAUAAUAAUAGCGGUAUUUAUUCUCUUCAUUUGCACACCAAAGGCAGCUGGUGGACACGCAAGAUGUGCUGACGUAUCUUUGAUGGCCUGCAUUCACUGCCCCCUUCACACAAAGCAGGGUGAAUAUUAGGAGUUGCUCAUGUCUGAAAGGCAAGUUUGUGUACCUGUAACAAGAACACUGUUUUCAUGUAUAUUCGAAAUGUAUUGCAAUUCAAACCCACCCGGGGCUGUCCACGUGUGUUGCUUAUGGAAAGAAAAAAUAAAAAUAAAAUGCACUUGAUGUCAUGAAGGGCGGCGGCAACCUCGGUUCAAAUGACUCCAGAUCCCGACAAGUUCUUAUAAACAAAUAACGGUAGCCCCAAUGUGUAUUCACGGUGUGUCUGCACAAUCGUUGCACUGUACACGACCGUUCCGUACUGCAAUCCAUCCUGCCCCGUCUGCGCUAUCUGUGAAAGGUUAUAAAUAGAUUUUUAGUGGACGAAAACAAAACAUGUUUUUACUGAGAUAAGUAGCCAGUGCUGAAGUUAAAUGUUGUUCUGUAAAGGGCAUUUGUCUUUUUUUUUUUUUUUUUUUUUUUAAUUUCCCUCCACCCACACCAUUUGAAUCCUUCCUAGUCAGCCAACAAUACCACUAAAUAGCCAGAACACUAGUUGGUAACUAUUUCAUUCUCAUGUUUUUCAUUCAUUUUAGACAAUCAUGAUUUUUUUUUCUAAUGUCGUUGGUGUUGUUGGUGUUGUUGUUUGCUGUUGUAUGUUGAUAAUUGUAUUUAUUUCUCGGCAAACUGUAGUUUGUUUGCUAAAUAGCACUGCUCCGAGCCCCGGGUGAUGGCAGAUUCCUCUCGAUCCCAGACUUUCCCGGGAUUUGUAGAUUCCAUUCCAGUGCCGGAUAGUAUUAAACAUUACAACUCAGUCCUUAUUCUUUUAUUGGAACCGGUUGAUGAAUAGAUAUUAGUUUUUUUAAUGAUUCAAUUGUGCAAAAAAAAAUUAUGUAAAAUUGAAAAAAAAAUCAGUAUGUAGGAUGAAAUCAUUAAAAGACAAAACAACCCAGGUAUCAUUUGUUGAUAAGCGCAUGGUUGGUCUGUUAAGAUUUGUGUUGACAUUUUCUACAGUUGUCUGCAAGCUUGUGUGACGUUCAGUUCAUGUUAAACCUUUGUGCCAAAUUUAAAAAAAUAUAUAUAUAUAAAAUAAAACAGACUGCUCUUAUGUAUUCUCCCAUUUUGAGGGACCCCCUUUUUUUGUCCUUGUUUAUAAUCGAUUUAAAAAAAAAAGUAAUCAGCAAGUUGAGGUACUUUUGUUUUAAUGCUUUUUACAAUGUAACUGUUAUGCAUUUCAAUUCAAAUAAUGUGGGAGGAACAACUCAAUAAAGGACUACAAUGUGGAUUGACA